GGGGAAACGCCGGAGGAGAAAGGGAGGUGAAAAGAGAAAGGACGACGUCAGAUGUGGGAUGGCUUUGGGUGGAGUUAAGAGAAUAGCCAACUAAAAAAGUCCCAAGACCGAGUUGGCAACACUCUGAAUGAGUCGUGGAUUCGGAGAGCCUGACUGAAGAAGACAACGUACGCUACGUUUGGAAGACUCCCGAGCCCACCACGUCUUCGGCGUCUUGGCUAUCCACGAUCUUCCCUGUUGGAAUGACGGUGUGUGUGUGCUUUCCAGGGGGCCACACCAUGGCUGAGGGGAGCUGCUUUCCAGCCUGUUAGCCACCUCGGUCCGCCCAGCAGACCUCCACUCAGGCCCCAGGAAGCAGAGCUAGAAAACCACGAGGGCCCUUCGGGGAAACGCUGACUCCCGAGAGGAUAAACACAAAAAAGCUGCCGGGAAGCGGAGUCCCUGCAACAACGCUUAGUGGACUCUUCCGUAUCUAAGUGAGGGAAUUCAGUUGCUCUUUUCAAGCGGGAACUCAACCCUGUGCACAACAAUACCGGGAAUUCACCUCCAGGCCGUUUCCUCGAUCCACGGUGCGGAGGAGGUCACAGCCGCCAUGUGUCAUGUGAUCGUGACCUGUCGCUCCAUGCUAUGGACCCUGUUCAGCAUCAUGGUGGCCUUCGCCGAGCUCAUCGCCUUCAUGAGCCCCGAUUGGCUGCUGGGCUACCCCCGGCCAGGAUCCGGGGUCGGCGGCGUGCUGUCCGGCGGUGGGGAGUACCGGCCGUCCUUGGGGCUCUACAGCCGCUGCCUGCGUAUCGGGGGCCGGGCGGUGACGUGCGGCCCAUACGCUCAGACUUUCGGAGAAGUGGCGAGCGGCUUCUGGCAGGGGGCCAUGUUGUUCCUGGCGGCGGGAACGCUGGUGCUGGGCUGCGUGGCGUGCAUGUCCAUUUUCACGCUGUGCUUCCAGAGCUGCCUGAGGAAAAGCAUCUUCAACAUCUGUGGACUGCUCCAGGCCAUUGCCGGCCUCCUGCUGAUGGUGGGGCUCAUGCUGUACCCCGCCGGCUGGGGCUCGGAGAAGGUGUUGGACUACUGCGGAGCCGAGGCCUCCCCCUUCCGGCCGGCCCAGUGCUCCCUGGGCUGGGCCUUCUACGCCGCCAUCGGCGGGACCCUGGCCUCCUUCGUGUGCGCGGUGUUCUCGGCGCAGGCCGAGGUGGCCACCUCCAGCGACAAGGUGCAGGAGGAGAUCGAGGAGGGGAAGAGCCUCAUCUGCCUUCUCUGAACCGGGGGACUGAGGGAACCGGGGAUCUCCCUGGGAGACGCUGGAACUUCUCCUAGAAAGAGCACGGGGUGGGUGGGGGAUAGGGAAAAGUCUUCAUGGAAGCCAGGAUGAAAGUGCUGUUUCCUUCCAGGCCAGCGAGCCACAGUUCCGGAUGUAAGGAGGCCAGAGGAGCUGUUCCUCCUAAAUGUUUUCUCUGGCUGUACUCUUGGGCCGACCCGAGUCUGAUGUGCCAAAACAUACUCUGCAUGAGAGAGGGCUAAAGGAUGUGACACUAGCAUUUAUUCAAUCUGACGUGCACUCCUUACUUAAUAACAAUUAUGACUCAUAUCAACACUGGAGUGCUGUUGAGUCCUUUUUAUAACCGCCAGCUUGAAGGCUCAUAUGUAACCUGGUGGGUUGCUUUGCGUCAGGAUGUUUUCUAAGACACAACUCAUGGCCACCGUCUGAAUGUUUGCCAGCUGUGUCAAAUGGAACACUUGGCAUGUGUUGUUUUGUGGGCGGGUUUCAAUGUAUGUCUGUUCCUGUGUGCGUGAGAUUGUAAAUAUGUGUGUGUGUGUGUUUUUGUAAAUAGAUCCGUGCGUGUGUGUGUGUGCUUGGGUGUGUCUGCCUGCAUCCAGCCCUUAACAAGGGUGAAUUUUUCCAUCUUUGCCAGAUGUUUUUACUCUGAGCACGCAGUGGGGCGCUAAACUAUUCUGUAUCAUACUCAGAUAUAGAGAUUGCAAGGGGUUCGUUCACUUCAAAAGACCUGAGCUUCGCAAAUUAUUUAGUGAGACUUGCUGCAGCCCCAUAACUUUAAUAAGUGGUGAAGUGUGUAUGGAAGAAAAUCAGACCCCCACCAUGGGUAAUUAAUACUGUGGUGAGCAUAACCGGAUCACAGGGGUACUUAAACUGUUUCAUCACGUCAAUUUCAGCAUAUUCCUGGGACGUAACCACUGCACUCUCAGAAAGAUUCCUUCAUUUAAUUUAGGAUAGGGAUCACAGAUCCUGGUGCGUUCUUUUCCGUGCAAGGUCAGAGUGCGACACACCUCCAAAUGGGCUGCAACCCAUUGUUCAAGGAACGCUGCUGGAUCUUAUUUCCUCGAUUGUUGAAAGUUGCCGUUGGUUCAAUGUGAUGAUCUUCCUCUGUGUUGAAAUGCUAAACGUGUUAUUUUCAUUCCUGUAAUUUACAUUGGAGCUACAUAAUUGCUUUCAUUCUUUCUGAUCGCUUAACGUGUGAAAUCACAAAAGAUGCAGUGUGUCUCUUUGACUGGUCACAGUGUACCAUUGAAUAGAAGCAACGAUCAUUUAAGAGUCAGUGAUUACGGUAAACGGGACUUUUGUUAUAUUAACAAAAUUCCUCCAAAGCAUAUUGUAUGAACAUGCUUGAAACGAUCCACAUUUGUGGAAGGUUUCGAUUUUUCAUGGGAAAGGAAUCCACUCUGUAUUCUGUACUUUAAAUAAAUAAACGCUACGUUGAAAAAACGAUUCGCCUUUGA